GUUGUACUCCCUCCCAAAUCACAUCAAAAUAAAAAGUGAAAUUCAAAACGCUUCACUUUCCUCUAUCAAAACCCUAAAAACUAGGGUUUCUCACAUUUAACUUCACUCCCUCAUUUCCUCCUCAUCAAACUUGCAGUGGCAGUAGUUCUUGCUUGUGAUCAUCAUCACCAUGCCAGGAGGAAUGGGUUCUUUUUUCGAUUGGAGAUCAAUGGGUUCGUUAUACGCAACUCUGAUGUUCGUAAGAACAGCCCUUCGUGAAUUACUCCCACCAGAAAUCUAUUAUUUCCUGAAAACUCAUUUCUCUAGAAUCUUCAAUUUCCAUAGACGUAACACCCUCACUAUCCAAAUCGAAGAAUACGAUAAUGGAAAUUUCAUGAACGAUAUAUUCACUUCAAUCCAAACUUAUCUGAGUUCUAAAUGUUUCUCAUCAUCAACAAAUGUUCUUAAACUCUCAAGACUCAGAAACUCGCAGACACUUAACUACAACAUGGUUCCUAACCAAACCUUGACUGAUACUUUCGAGGGUGUGAAAUUUAAAUGGACAUUUCUAGUUUCUAGUACUGAAUCAUCUACGUUUCGUAGAUCGUCAAGUUCUUACGAGAAUUCGACGAAGAUUAAUCGGUAUUUUGAACUUUGUUUUGAUGAAAAGAAGAAAGAAUUUGUUCAUGGGAAGUAUUUACCUUAUGUGAUGAGACAAGCUGAUGAAUAUAAGUUUAAGAACAGAGGGAAAUUGUUGUAUACUAAUAGUGCUGGUGAAGGGUCUGGUCAUGUUAGUGCGCAUAGUAGUUCUGUUUGGUCACAGGUUUCUUAUUUUAAACAUCCAUCAACGUUCGAUACUAUCGCGAUCGAUCCUGUUCUUAAAGAGGAGAUUAAAGGGGAUUUGGAGAAGUUUGUUAGCAGGAAAGAUUAUUAUACUAGAGUUGGGAGGUCAUGGAAAAGAGGGUAUCUUCUUUAUGGUCCACCAGGAACAGGAAAGACUAGUAUGAUCGCUGCCAUCGCUAAUUUCCUAGAAUUUGAUAUAUACGACAUCGAAUUAACAGCUGUAAAAAGCAAUUCUCAGUUAAGAAAGCUCUUGAUUGCAACGACAAGCAAAUCCGUGAUUGUUAUUGAAGAUAUCGACUGCUCGUUAGAUCUUUCAAAUCGAAAUGUGAAGCAGAAUGUCUAUCCGAGUGAAAAUAAAGUCGGUAUGAAUUUUCAAGGAGAUACCACUACUAGCACCGGAAGCAGUUUAAGUUUGUCAGGGCUUUUGAACUUUGUUGAUGGACUUUGGUCUUCUUGUUCUGGAGAGAGAUUGAUUAUAUUUACGACGAAUCACAAAGAGAAACUGGAUCCUGCUUUACUGAGACCUGGUCGAAUGGAUAAACAUAUCAACCUCUCUUUCUGCGGUUACAGUGCAUUUAAGAUUUUGGUUAAGAAUUACCUGUUAAUAGAAGAACAUGAAAAAAUGAAAGAGGUUGAAGAACUGAUAGAGUUGGUUAAAAUGACACCAGCUGAUGUCGCAGAGUUUCUUAUGAGUUGUGAUGAUGAUGCAGAGGUGGGAGUGACAAAUGUGGUUAAAGAAGUGAAGAAGAGAUUAAAAUUGAUCAGCAUAGAAGAUCUCAAUGAUGAAAUGAGGAAGAAAGUGACAUUGCUCAUUAAAGAAGAACAAGAGAUAGAAGAGUUAGAUGGUCAUGAAGAAAUGAAGCAAGGAUUGCUGAGAGAUGUUAAGCAAGAAAUGGAGAAACAAGCAAAAGAAGAAGAAGAAGAAGAAGAAGAAGAAGAAGAAGAAGAAGAAGAAGAAGAAGAAGAAGAAGAAGAAGAAGAAGAAGAAGAAGAAGAAGAAGAAGAAGAAGAAGAAGAAUGCAGAAGACAAAGACUAUGAAGAAGUAGAAGAAGAAGAUGAUAGUGAUGAAGAUCUUAAAGACUUGAUUGCGGAGGAUAUAGCGCAACUCUUAAUAUGAUGGGGAGUAAUCGAUUGGGUAAAAUAAUUAACUUUUAAUUUCUGUUAGUCAGACUUUAAACUCCUUCUGAACAUCAGUUUUAUUGUAGGAGACGUAGAAUAUGAGCAAGCUAGAUUUGCUACUCCCUCUAAAUCUAUAUUUACUUGCCAGUUAAUCAAAUGGCUAUUGUUGUACCAUUUAUUUGAGUAUUAGUUUUCUUUUGCAUAA